UUCAGUGAGUUCACCUAAGCAAAGCACGCCGUAGACUUUGAAUAUGGAAAAUCUAUGCCUCUUCGGUGACUAAGGUGCAAAGUCUGCGUUUUUUUAUUUUUCUUCGUCGAGGGAGGCACAAUUCCAAGCUUCCCUUCAACCAAUUUUUGUCUUCCUCUUCUUCUUCUUCCUUUUACAAACAAGCUCAUGGAGUCGUAGUAGCUAUUAUUGUUCCCAAGCUUUGUUUUUUUCUUUCUCUAUCGCAGUUUCUGGGUAAGAGAAAGGUGGGAAAUUAAGGAAUUGGAAGUUGGAGGUAGAAUUGAUUGAUGGGUCUCGUUUCGAAUCAACGAGGCUCGAGAACAGAGACGACCCAAGAAGGUUUACCAGUUUCUGUUUCCACAGGUAUUGGUGCAGCGGUUCCUAAGAAGAAAUGGUCUAAUCUAAUGCCUCUGUUUGUGGCCCUUGUGGUCAUUGCGGAGAUCGCGUUUCUGGGUAGGCUUGAUAUGGCGAAGAACGCAGCCAUGGUUGACACCCUGGCUGACUUGUUCUACCGGUCCCGUGUGCCGGUGGAAAGUGAUGAUUUGGGGUUAGAUAUGGUGGGUGAUGAUCGGAAUUUGGAAUCAGAGAGCUGUGAGGAAUGGUUGGAGAAGGAGGAUGCUGUCACAUAUUCAAGGGACUUUGACAAGGAACCUGUUUUUGUUUCUGGAGCUGACCAGGAGUAUAAGUCGUGUUCCGUGGCAUGUAAAUUUGGGUUUAUUGGGGAUAACAGACCUGAUGCUACAUUUGGCUUACUUCACCAAGCUGGAACAGCUAGUGUUCUGCGAUCAAUGGAAUCAGCACAAUACUAUGCAGAGAACAAUAUUGCCAUGGCACGACGGAGGGGAUAUAACAUUGUAAUGACAACCAGUCUAUCAUCUGAUGUUCCUGUCGGAUAUUUUUCAUGGGCCGAGUAUGACAUCAUGGCACCGGUAAAGCCAAAAACUGAAGCUGCUCUUGCAGCUGCAUUCAUUUCCAAUUGUGGUGCUCGAAAUUUCCGGCUGCAAGCUCUUGAAGCCCUUGAAAAAGAAAACAUCAAGAUUGACUCUUAUGGUGGUUGUCAUAGGAACCAUGACGGAAGAGUGGACAAAGUGGAAACCCUGAAACGCUACAAAUUUAGCUUAGCAUUUGAAAAUUCCAAUGAGGAGGAUUAUGUAACUGAAAAAUUCUUCCAAUCCCUUGUUGCUGGAACUGUCCCUGUGGUUGUUGGUGCUCCAAAUAUUCAGGAUUUUGCUCCUUCUCCUGGUUCAAUUUUACAUAUUAAAGAGGUAGAAGAUGUUGAGUCCAUUGCCAAGACCAUGAGACACCUAGCAGAAAAUCCCGAAGCAUACAAUCAAUCUUUGAGGUGGAAGUAUGAGGGCCCGUCUGAUUCCUUCAAGGCCCUUGUGGAUAUGGCAGCUGUACAUUCAUCUUGCCGCCUUUGCAUUCACUUGGCCACAAUGAUUAGAGAGAAGGAAGAAAAGAGCCCAGAAUUCAAGAAACGCCCAUGCAAGUGCACUAGAGGGUCAGAAACUGUGUAUCAUAUCUAUGUCAGAGAAAGGGGAAGGUUUGAGAUGGAGUCCAUUUACUUGAGGUCUAGCAAUUUAACUCUGGAGGCCUUGAAGGCUGCUGUUGUUUUGAAGUUCAAAUCCAUGAAUCAUGUACCUAUAUGGAAGCCAGAAAGACCUGAAAUUUUAAGAAGAGGCAAUGAAUUGAAAUUUUACAGAAUAUACCCUGUGGGCUUGACACAAAGGGAAGCCCUUCAUACCUUCAGCUUCAAAGGGGAUGUGGAUUUCAGGAAUCACUUGGAAAGCAAUCCUUGUGCCAAGUUUGAAGUUAUUUUUGUGUAGCAUGUGUUAAUGGGCUUUCUGCUUUACAUUAAUAUCUAGCACUGCCACUUAGCCAAGGCUAGAGUUUUAGGAAUGAGUAUGGCGUUGGAAUUGGCAUGGCUUUAUUAAUGACUGGCCUCCUGGCCAACUCAUUGAGGAUUUACAUUUGGAAAAUAUCUGACUUCAAAUUUAAACUCGUUUGUGUGCGAGAAGUUAUCCAGUGAAGAUCCUUAUUUGAUGUUUAGUUUGUUUGAUUAUCUAGAUACAGUCAUAAAAGUCGACAGCAUGAAAGCUCUUGUAUAUUGUGGGUGAAAAAUUUAAUAGAAGCCCCAGAUAUUUCACUCAAGAAUACAUUAUGAUUUUGUGUUGCUAGGAUGACUUUUUAAGUAUUCCCAUUGUUUUUAUAUUUAUAAUGUGAAUAUGUUGUUUUG